AUGGGUGUUCAAGACGUCGUUGCUCGCUUUAAUAAACCAAAGUCAUCUACAACUACAGCUACUACUACUACAACUACUGUUAUACCAAAACAACAAAAAUCAAUAUUUUUGUCUUCUGAUAUUAAAGCAGCAACUCAUUUUCCUCCUUCACCUGAAUCAUCACCUAAAUCAACUAUGAGUAGAAGCAAUACUUUAUUACAAAAAUUUAAGCUUCCUUCAUCACAGGAGCCGUCAGCAGUAGAGGAUUCUAAUAAACUAUUAACACCUCCAGAAUCACCUAUACUUACAUUAAAACAAAAAAUAUCCAACUUUUCGAUGAAGCAAUUUGAUACAGCUGCAACUGAACUUGUCGAUCUUUUUCAAGAAUGGAUGAACCAACAUCAAGCUUCAGAAGAACGUAUUAAACAACUCGAAGCUCAAGUGGAAAAAUAUGCAUUAGAUGCUACUAAAGUCCGUGAUUAUGAAAUUCGAGUAGAGUAUCUAGUUCUUAAACUCGAGCAAGUCUCCGAGGAACGAGAUUAUUUUGAACGACAGUAUCAUGCUACAUUCGUGAAAAAUGGUCCUUUAUCACCUGCAUUCAGUCAUAAUGAAAAUAAAGUGACUGAUAUUCUAGAUAUAUAUGAAGAAAUUUCAGAUAUCGAGGAUGGUGAUGAUGAGCUACAGAUAUUUGACGAAGAUGAAUCUGCACCAAAUGACCAACAAAGAAUAGAGCGAGAACGAGGAAUCCAGACUGCUCUUAUGAAAUAUAUUACAGACCUGGAAAAACAAAAAUUAGAGACAAAGAAACUCCAGGAGGUCAUUCAGAAACAAGAUGAAUUGAUCUCAAAAAUGGAAUUCAAAAAUAUAUCAGAUAAUGAAGAAAUGUUACUUAUAAAGGAACAAGUAGAGAUACAACGUAUAGAAUUAGAAAAUAAACGGGAGUUGUUGAGUCAACUAUUAUAUGAAAGAGAGGAUUUGUUAAAGAAAUUAAACAGGAGAAGCUCAUACACACCAUUAAGAAAAUCAUCCAUGGAACAUAUGUUUAAUAGAAUAAAUAGUCAGAGAAUUAGUAACAAUGGUAGUAGCAUAACAGGAAGGCCUACUUCUUAUUCUUCAAUAUCAUCUGGUAAAGGCUCACCGCCUUUAACAGCUCCACCUAAACAACCUUUACCUCCAUUACCAACUACUAUUAUGUCUUAA